AUGAAAAAAAUUCAAUUUAACAACCGCCAAUUUCUUUCUUUCUUUCUUUUUCAUUCCUCACACUUCUUUUAUUUUCUUUUCUCUUACUGCUUAUCCCUCUUGUUUUUGUUCUUUUCUUCCUUCCUCCUACUGCUUCUUAUUCUUUCCUCUUUCUUCCCUCACUUCUUUUACCUCAGGAUUCUCUUUCCUUUCCUUUCCUUUCCUUUCCUUUCCUUUCCUUUCCUUUCCUUUCCUUCUUCUUCGUCUUCGUCUUCUUCUUCUUCUUUCAUUUUUUUGCCUUUUCUGUCCUAUCAAAUUUCUUUUAGAGUUUUCCUGGUUUUGAUUCUUUUUUCUUCAUUCAAAGGAAAUAAAAAUUUAUUUUCUAUUUUUCUCAGAGUUUCUCUCUCUCUCUCUGUCUCUCUCUCUCUCUCUCCCUACGUCUUUAUGCGAACCAUACUUUCCUUUAUUUCUUUGUGCGUUCACUCUGGCCUUUUAGCAGGAGUUUUAUCGCUUCCUUUCCUGGAUACUACAAUUGAUCCAUCGCACCCUAUAUGCACACACACACAUACACACAUAUCUAUCUAUCUAUCUAUCUAUCUAUCUAUCUAUCUAUCUAUCUUAUCAAUCUAUCUAUGA